UCCUCCCGCGCGGGGCGACGCCGGGGUCCCCGCGGGCAGCCGGCGUUGAUCUCCUCCGGGCCGAGGGCGAAGGCCCGGGCGGCGGGAGCAUGUCCAAGCCGGUGGACCACGUCAAGCGGCCCAUGAACGCCUUCAUGGUGUGGUCGCGGGCGCAGCGGCGCAAGAUGGCCCAGGAGAACCCCAAGAUGCACAACUCGGAGAUCAGCAAGCGCCUGGGCGCGGAGUGGAAGCUGCUCACCGAGUCGGAGAAGCGGCCAUUCAUCGACGAGGCGAAGCGCCUGCGCGCCAUGCACAUGAAGGAGCACCCCGACUACAAGUACCGGCCUCGCCGAAAGCCCAAGACGCUGCUCAAGAAGGACAAGUUCGCCUUCCCAGUGCCCUACGGCCUGGGCGGCGUGGCGGACGCCGAGCACCCGGCGCUCAAGGCGGGCGCGGGGCUGCACGCGGGCGCGGGCGGCGGCCUAGUGCCCGAGUCGCUGCUCGCCAAUCCCGAGAAGGCGGCUGCCGCCGCCGCCGCCGCCGCUGCGCGCGUCUUCUUCCCGCAGUCGGCCGCCGCCGCCGCCGCAGCUGCCGCAGCCGCCGCCGCGGGCAGCCCCUACUCCCUGCUCGACCUGGGCUCCAAGAUGGCAGAGAUCUCGUCCUCGUCGUCCGGCCUGCCGUACGCCUCGUCGCUGGGCUACCCGGGCGCGGGCGCGGGCGCCUUCCAUGGCGCGGCCGCAGCGGCUGCAGCGGCUGCCGCGGCCGCCGGGGGGCACACGCACUCGCACCCCAGCCCGGGCAACCCGGGCUACAUGAUCCCGUGCAACUGCAGCGCUUGGCCCAGCCCCGGGCUGCAGCCGCCGCUCGCCUACAUCUUGCUGCCGGGCAUGGGCAAACCGCAGCUGGACCCCUACCCCGCGGCCUACGCCGCCGCGCUAUGACCCCGCGGGGCCGCUGCGCACGUGUACAUAUGUAUAGGCUCGAGUUCGCGGCCUCCGGGGCAUCUCCCGCGACGGGGUCCCGGGCUGGAUGUACGUAGCUGCGCGGGCGCCCGGCGGGGGGCGAUGUGCGUGUGAAUCCGCCGGAGCGCCUCCCACCCGCGCCUCGCAGCCGCCGGACGGAGGGCGACCUUGUCUGUCCCGCAACAGUGCACUUUGUACUUCGGGACCUGUUGCGUUUUGACCCACCCAGGUGGAGGAGUAACUUUUUGACACGUUGAGCUUUCCAGUUUUGCUUGUUGGAAGUUUAUGGUCCAUUGUGCGCUGCUGCUCAGGCCCCUGGCCUCCCCGGUCCGCGUGGCGAGCUCCCUGAAGCGGCUGGCGCGCGGGCAGAGCCAGGAGCUGUCAUUCGUUUCUCCGAGCGGGGACGGCACCGAGCAGCCUGGCUUUCUGUUUGUACCGUGUGAACUUUGCAGGGCUCUGUUCUCUCAAGCAGAAAGAACCCCCAAACCGGAUCCAUUCCUGACCAGUGGCCGGUUAGGAUCCGGCCUUUUGUAUGUGAGAUGAUCUCGGUUCUUUUGUGUAUCUGACCGCAUGCAAAUCAGAGCGAGAGCUCGCUGGAGGAGUAAGAAAGGCGGACGAGGAAUGUGCAAGAUAUGAGAGGAAAGUUGCCAAUUGGAUUUUCUCUCUCUUUAAAAAUUAAAUCUAUUCGGAGUCUCUGAAUCCGCUGGCGUGGAUCUUUGAUACGGUUUACAGAGAAGGGGAGGGGCCGUGUCCCGGCUCCCCCCGGCCGAGCUCACCUGGAGAUUGUAAGCGUGGGCCUGUCCGUGGGAAUGCCGGCUCUGGGGACGGGGGUUCUUUUCGUGGCCCUGAUUCUGAGUCGGUUCUAGACUCAGACACAUUUUGGACAAAUGUCAAAAGUAGUAAACUUUUAAAAAUUGCGGGAACUAUUUCAGGAGCGCAAUUUUAUCUAAGAUUAAAUCAGACUUUUUGUCUGAGUGGUAAUUAUAUAUUUAUUAUUUAGCAAAUCUGGGCCAAAAAAGCACAGAAUUGUUUUGACAGAUGCCUCUCUUUUUCAGCUAGCAUUUCUCUCCCAACUUGAACCAUUUUAAUGUGUUUUGGAGUCCCCUCCUGGAUUUGCUUAUUUUUUUAGACCGCCUGCAAUUCAUUUGCAAAUUAUGAUAAAACACACUUCAGGGGAAAAGGGAACCUUCCUGAAUUAUAGCUCUUUUUGUUUCUUUUAAAAAUGUAUAUAUUUUGACUGAUGUUUGUGAAUGAAGUUGGCUAACAUGUAUUUAGUUUCAUUUUGGCUUUAUGUAAUAUAAAGGUUUUAAAAGUUUAAAUAUUGGUUUUAACUUUUAUGUGUAAAUGGUUUUCUUGUGUGAUCUAAUUUAAUAUUAGAUGCCUCUAAGCUAUAUCUGUAAAUUAGAAUCCAACUAUCACUCUGUUCAUUUUUUCUGAACAAAGAGUUUAAAUAAAGCCUGAACCAGGGAAAAGAGAAAAUCCUCUAUUUCUUGUUGAGUUCCUAACAAGAUUUUUAUCUGAAUUGCCCUUACGUGCCUGGUCCAGGUGAAGUGUAAGGUAUCCUCCAAAGGCUGCCUUUGUUUCACUUUUGAAUAGAUUUACUAGGAAAUCUAAAUCAAGCCAU